CACGUUCACAUUCUCAUUUUCUGAAAAUAGUUCUAUCCAGUAUGUUUAAAAUAUAAACUUGAUUUAUACAAAGGAGUGGAAGCUGAUUGAAAAACGGAUUUCAUGGGGAAGAAAAACAGAAGCAAGUAUGGCCGCAAAUGGGGAAACGCUUUUGUUUCAACAGAUCUGAUGGAUAAUGUCGAUGGACGUGUUCAAAAGCAUUGCGAACCAUGCUGUAAAGAAAAGAAGACAACACCUGCUAGUUUCUACUGUAAGCACUGCAGAGAAUUCCUAUGUUUAGAAUGUUCCUCUCAACACAAUCGUUUUGGCUUUAUGUCAGAUCACAAAAUUGUUGAUUGGCAAACAGAAGAAACCGACGAAGAUGAUGUUGACAUGUUUGACUAUGACCAAUGUGAAUUGCAUGGUGCCUGCGUUGAAAUAUAUUGUGAAGAUCAUGACGUUUUGAUUUGUGCAAAAUGUGCUUUCAUUGACCAUAAAAAGUGUAAAAAUGCAAAUCAAAUUGACGAAAUAUCCAUGAACAAAACUAUUGAAGAAUUCCAAAAACAGAUUACAAUUUGUAACGAGAAUGCAAAGGAAAUCAUUGGAAGCUUCAAUGAAAUCGGUUUCAAGGAAAGAGAAGAAGUUAGAGCAAAGGCUUUAAAGAUGAAAUCGGAAGAAUGUGCGAAGAUUGAUAUAAAGCUAGAAGGAUUUCUAAGUGCAAUUGAAUCUGCAGCAAAAGACGCUAGAUCUUCAAUGAACCAUGAACUGUCUGCAGUAUCAAAUAUUCACGUUGAAUUGGAACAGUGGAUAAGGAGUUUAAAUGUUGCUUCCAAACAAGGUUUAACUGAUAAAUGUUUUAUCCUCAGCAAAUCGCUAAGAACUAAAGUCAUGAAACAUGAAGAAUUUCUGAGACAACAAAACCUAGACAGUACUUCUCUCUCGAUACACACAGAACAUAUGUUUAAGGAGAGUGGUAUUCAACAGAAGCAUGAUGUUGCUGUCCAAGUUAAUAGCUCUGACAUUUCACAUCAAAACGAGAAUACCAAACCAAUCAAGAACACUGUGAUCAGAAAAACAGUUUCAUUGCAAAGACAGGUUACACUGUCCGUUGAAACAUACUCAGAUAACGAAGACCCAUUCAUCAGUGGUAUAGACUUUCUCGAAGAUGGAAGGUUGGUUGCUCUUGAUAAUGCGAACAACAAGUGUUUAGUUUUAGGAGGAAAUCUGCAUAUUCUUGGGCAACCAUUUACAUUUUUUACCAAACCACUUGAUAUUUGUGCUUAUAAAGGAAACCAAGCCGCAGUCACAAGUGGGAACUAUAUUUAUUUUCUAGUUGUUGACCAAUUUAACACAACCAGACUUAUUCGAAAAGUAUCCACAUCAGCUUCAUACUUUUCCAUAUCCAGGUUCAACCGUUCAGGGUUUCUUUGUAGCGCAUACAGGGAUGCCAAAGCGCCGAUCCGUGAAGUGGAUUUCGAGGGAAACGAGAUCGAUUUUAAAGACCUCUCAUUUGCAGACAUCAAAUUUGAAUUCUAUCAAAGUUUCAGUGCGUAUGCAGAACAAUUAGGAAUAAUAAUACUAACAGAUUUUGAUUCCAACAAACUAUACAUGUUCAACACACACACAGGGGAAACAAUUUGUGUAGAAGAUAAAAGGAUUCAAGGUCCGCGACAAGUAGUCAUUGGAUCUGAGGAAACUGUACUCGUCUCUUGUGAAAAGAACAGCUCUGUUUGCCGUAUUAACUUUGAUGGUCAGGUCUUACAGUCAUUUGAAGUUGAAAUGCAACAUCCAAGUGCCUUAUGCAUAUCAAUUGACGGAACAAAACUAGUUGUGUCCAACAGAAGUGAAACAAUGCGAACAAUCCAACAGUAUGAACUUACCUAUACACUUAACAAAUAGGGAUUGAAAACAGCUUAUGAACAGAUGAUAUCAAUGUAGUGUUCAAACGAAGAUUAGAGUAUAUUGGUAAAAUGAAAACCUUAAAUAAAGCUUUAACGGUAUGAAUAAAUUUGAGUAGAGUAGUUAGUAGUAGAAGUAGUAGAAGUAGUAGUUGUUGUAGCAGUAGUGGUAGUAGUAGUAGUAGUAGUACUAGUAGUAGUAGUAGUAGUAGUAGUAGUAGUAGUAGUAGUAGUAGUAGUAGGUAAAAUUAAAAAUUGUUGCUGUUCUGCUUAAAAUGGUUUAUUCAUUUCAUUUGUAAAUUAUGGAAACAUGUUUUAUUAGAUAAAUUUAUACAAGAAUUCCUUAACAUUUUCUAGUCGUAUCGCUUUAGUUUCGAACCACACUGGUCCAUAUUGAGGACAGGUGAAUACCAUUUUCAACCUGUCGUUUUUCGUAUCUUGACUACAAUUGCUUUAUUAUAUUAUAUUAUGUGAUGUUAUCUUAUCACUUAUCAUUCUCGUUCAAGUUUCUCUCCAUUGUUCAAACAAAUCGAAACAUCUGACUCGCCAUUUCUAUUAUUAUCAGGCAACGAUUGACGCAUAUGACGUUUUAAAAUCUGUGUCAGUAGCCGUGUUAUUGACUAUAUUCAGACAUAUUUCUGGCAAAUAAAGUUGCAGGCAUCUGAGAACCGUUGCUUUAGAUCAUGAGCGGUCAGCUUACCUAACUAAGUAAUAAGUAACAUAACGUUUAGACAAAGUGCAGUUGUCAGAAACAAAAAAGACCUGAUAAUUGAUCAGAAACUGUGUUGCAAUUGUAAAAUAACAGCAUAUUUAAAGCAUGUUUGACAUCGCUCUUAAAACAGGGGGUCUUCGCGACAUUGAUCCUACUAUCUUUUUACCAUGAUAGCGAAAUGACUCCGUAUUUAGACUGGU